UUUGAUAUUUUUCCAGUUUUUGUGUUCGUGAUUAUUUCAGAAACAUUUACGUAAAAUAUAUAAUUAUUUUGUGAAAAUCACAUAUAUUUUUAUUUUUAAUAAUCCCUUUCGAAUUAUAAAUAUUUGAAAAACCAACUUUAGAUAAAUAUCUACAAGAUGUCAUUUUCGGAAAAAAAUCAAUCUGAUAAGGAUUAUGUUUCACCACGUGAUGAGAACAACUGUGAUAAUGAUACCACUAACCAUGCUUCUAACUACUUCUCGUGCAAUACAAAUAAUAUAUCCGACGAUUCUGAAUCAGAGUACUAUUCCACUGAACCACAAACGGAAAAUGAGCAAUUUUCUUCCACGUAUGACUCUAAGAAAUCAAAAAAUAGUGGUUUAUAUGAUUCAGAUAUGGAUUAUAACUCAGCUGAAUCACAAUCUGAAUUUGAAUCGUCUGAAACGGAGUGUGAUUCAGCUGAAUUCUCUUUCCAUUCAGCUGAAGAACUGACCGAAUAUGAAAUUAUUCCAUCUAAUUCCUGCUAUGAGAUUGCCAGCCUACACCCAUCUCCAAGUGGUAUGGAGUGUGGAGAUGCUUUCAGUAAAGUAUGCUGUGAUGAUCUUUUUAUGCAAGCUAAUCUGCAGACCGGCUUCGAAGUUGUAUUUGGAGAUAUAUGGGUUAGUUGGGCAACUAAUGGUCUGUUUAAUGUAGUUGCAAAAGUUAUGAUGGGCACCUGGGAGGAGGACAAUCAGUUUAGUUAUUCAAUGUAUGAGUUUUACGAGAACGGUUUCUUUGCUGAGGAAUUUGUGGCACAAAUUAUUCAUUAUAGGAUUGCAAUUUUUAUUACUCCUUUCUCUUAUUCUGAAUAUGUGUACACAGAAUAUUAUCCUGAUGACGACAUUUAUAUGACUUCCGUCGGAAAUUCAAUAAGUGUUAGCAUUAAACGUAGGAUAGGCACAACUCAAUCAAAUCCUCGUAUAUGCAGUUCAAUGAGUGACAUGAGUAAAUUCGAAUAUUCUUCAUAUGUAAAUCUUGACUGUGAUGCACAUGCCACAAAUGAUAUUGCUUUUGAAGUAUUGGGGAAUUUUCAGAAUAGUACGCUAUGUACUGAUGUUGUAAUGGAAGAAGUGGACGUGGAAGAAACUACACUAUCUGAUAUCCACAUUCAAACAGUUUCUGAUAUAGAUGCAGAGACACAUGAUAACGCACGAACAGACUUUAUUGAUUUAGAAAGUGGUGGUAACGUAGAACCUACAGCAAUGACAGAGGUCACAGACGCGACAAAAUCUUGCGUUAGAUUAGCGUCUUAUGUUAAUCUAAGCACAAAUGUUAAGUUUACUGAAGAUAAUGCUAGUAAUAAUGAUAAUAUUCUUUAUGAUUCUGAAAUACAAAAUGGCAUAGAGUUCCCAGAAGAGAUUGAAGUAGUUCCAUCAGUAAAAUUUAAUAUUACCAACUAUCAACCACAUAAAGAACUUGAAGAACGUAUUGUCUUGCAGUCAAUUGAGAAAUUAGAGCCAAGACACUCACACACAUGUAUUGAAAACACUGAUAUGUUUAAUGAUUUUGGUAAACAAAAUGUCCCAGAGUUGAUUGAAAAUCUCGCCAUCAAUCAUCGUGAUAAAUAUCGUGUGGACCCAUCUAUACAUAAAGAAUUUGCCGAUAAAAUUGCCUUCGAGACAGGUAGAAAUCUCGAAAUGAAACCAAGUGUCAGUAAAUAUUAUAUUGAUCCAUCUAUACCUAAAGAAUUUGUUGAUCAAAUUGCCUUCGAGCCAGAUAGAAAUCUCGAAAUGAAACCUCCAAGUGUCAAUAAAUAUUAUAUUGACCCAUAUAUACCUAAAAAAUUUGCUGAUCAAAUUGCCUUCGAGCCAGAUAGAAAUCUCGAAAUGAAACCUCCAAGUGUCAGUAAAUAUUAUAUUGAUCCCUCUAUACCUAAAGAAUUUGCUGAUCAAAUUGCCUUCGAGCCAGAUAGAAAUCUCGAUACGAAACCUUCAAGUGUCAAUAAAUAUCAUAUUGACAAGCAAGGUGUACCUAAAGAAUUUGCCGAUCAAAUUGCCUUGGAGGCCGGUAGAAAUCUCGAGAUGAAACCUCCAGAUGACUGUAGUUUUCACAACAAGCAUAUUCGAUUGGAGAAAACUUCUACUGAUGUAUAUAGUGUUAAUGGAAAUCAUACAAGUGAUGAAUGUGAGGGACAAAAUGUUCUUAAAGCAUAUGGACGGCUCGAUCCAACCGUUACAGAUAAUAAUAAUUUUGAUCAGAACGACUUGAGCAACAAAUGUAAAAAUCAAGAUAUCUUAAUAUCAAAACCACAGACUGCACCUAAUACACCCCGUCCAUUUGUAAAGAGCAAAGCGAUUUGGCCCCAAAAAUGUCUUUAUAUUUAUAAAGAUGAUAAUGAAUUAGGUAAUGAAAAUUUUGAAAAGGUUGAGAAUAAAAAGUUUAUGCAUGAACAGAAUUGCUGGGAAGAAGUUAAUAAUAUACAAUAUAAUAAAAACGAUGUAAGGCUUAACUCUCAAUCCUUUAAAGACCAGGAUAUAUCAUCAAAUUUUGAACGUAUGGAAAUGUGCUCCGAAAGAGCCUGUCCCGUAAAUUCAUAUCAGUUUAAUAAAAUGAAUAGAUAUGUAAACUCUGUAGAUCCAACUAAUUUUCAAUAUCAAGCAUAUCCAAUAACAACAGAGACACAUUACAAAGAUUGCAAAAGUGCUGUUUCUAAUUGUACUAAGUUACAUGAUAGGAGUAAAGUACCAGAAGAACAAAGUGAUCUUCCAUACGAAGAAAAACCAUAUUGGCAUUCUCCACGCUAUAAUUAUAAGAGUAUUUCACAGUGUCAGCUAUAUUCAGCGGACUCAGAAACAAUGUAUAUAUUACCUGGCAUAUACGAUCCUAGUAUAGAAAAAGAGGACUUACCAUUGCUAUAUCCACAUUACGACGAAAUAGAAAAUGCAUACGCAGAUCAAACAUUUACUGCUGCUGAAAAUGAUUACUAUUAUUCUCAGAAUGACAAGGUGACCGCACAUAAUCGAUUUACUGAUAGGAAUAAUGAGCAAUAUUUACAACCAAGUCCUCAACGUAAUAAUCGUCUACAAAACGAAAAUUUUACACGAAACCUAAAUGAUACAAAGAGUAUAUGCACUAUAUAUAGAAGGAAGGAAGAAGAACAUAAUGAUUAUGAUACACAAGUACUUCCCACAGUUCAGCAGACUGACUGUAUAGAUGAAAACAAAAAUAAUGAAUGUUAUAGUAAACCGGGUACAGGUCAUGCAAAUAAUGUGCAUUCUACUGCAUGUGUUGAACGCCAAGCAUCUCAUAAGUCAUAUGCAGCCUCAUUAGAGCAAAGGGAAUAUUCACAGAAACAUAUAUCUGCCACGUUACCUUCAGACCAAAGAACUGCUUGUAAAAAUCUGUCGCAGCCAUCGUUUUCCACUGAAAAAAGAUGCCCCAAAUCGUAUAAAUCCUAUAAAUCAAUAAAUAAUAACAGUCCACCAAUGGAUAAACAUCCAAAUUAUGGACAGUGCCCUGUCAAUGUACAGUCAAAGUCACAUGCUUGUGGUUAUAAUAAAUCUGAUAUCUUCCCCUCAUCUGAGAAAUUGAAGUGUGCUACUAAUCAUACCUCGAGCAUAUUGCCAUCCUAUAAACAGAUUGAGUGUGUGUAUGAGGAACAGGACUUAAAUGUGCAGCAGAAAAUGUCUUUUGUAAAACAAUCAGAAUCCAAAUGUGAAGACAAUGUAGCUCAGAAUAGUCUCUUUAAAGUUUUGUCAGAUUCAAGACAUUUGCAAAAUGAUAGUUUCUCGGCUACCAGUUCAUUGGAAGAAGACACGGAUUCUGAGUGUGAGCAAUCGUCCGAAAGCAAUCAUAAAAAAAAGCGUCAAGCAAAGAAGCGCACUCGCUAUAAUAAAAAGUUUAGCAAGAGGAUGAAAGCAAAAUUUGAUAAGAAUAAGCAUAUGGAUCAGCAAUCCACUUCUGGAAUGGAAUCUCCAAUUUCAGAUUUACUACGGAAUUUAAAUUUAUCAGAAUGUGAUGAUUCAAAAGAUGAAAGCAAUGAAAAGAACCUGAAAAAUAAGGAAUAUUAUAAUCAGUAUCGAGAAGAAUCAUGCUCUAAACUUGUUAGCGGUAUGCCAUGUGUUAACCCAUCCUUUGCGCGCAUCAUAACUCCCUGGAUAAAUAAAUCAAAUCAAGUUAGGACGAAUAUAGAACAUUCUGACAAAAAAGCCCUAAAAAGCAAGCAAGAAAAACGUAAAAGUAAUAAACCACCUCCGAAGAAUAAAGAGAAGAAACCGAAAAUGAGCCCCCAAUUAAUUAUUUGUACUGUAAAUGAAUGUAGAGAAAAAUUGACUGAUAAUAUGUUCUUAUCGCAUUGCAUUGAGGAUCAUAUUUGGGAGAAUCGAAAAUUCCUUAAAGAGGUUUUCCUUGAUGAAGAAAGUCAUUUUAAAUUAAACAUGUCUAAGAUGUGUUUUGGUGCGCAAAAAACUAUUCGAAUUUUAUUGUAUGGUGGACGUGCUGGUGAAGAAAAUACUUUACCAGGAAAGCGUUCGUGCUCCAUACCAAAUUUAGGAUUAAAGGAUCAAUAUUGCUGCUUUAAAUAUCAUCUACCUAUAGUGUUGACAGUCGCUGUUACUUCUAGAAACAAACUGUUAAGUGAACUUUGCUUUGUGGGAGCUAGGGGACCAAUAUAUGUUACAGAUCAAUUGGUAGCUAUUUGGCUCGCAAGCGCUCCAACUGCCAUACCUCUGCGUUACACCCUGACUAUAUAUGAUAAAUACGAUGCUGUAAGGUAUGAAAAGUUUUUGGCUGUACAAUCAAUUGUAGAAGGGUUCGACGUAAAUCGACAUAUACAACGUGUUUCUUCAAUUGAUCGUCAAGAGUUUAACAAAUUAAUCGGUAAAUCCAAUGGUGUGAAAAUUGGAAUUACUAUUCAUGAACAAAUUCAUGAAUAACAUUUUUCACCUCAAAAUUUCUACGCUAAAAAUCAAAUGUACAAAAUUAUUAAGUUUUUGUUUAUCAAGCAAUUCAGAGCACUCUUCUCGUGGGGCAAACAUCCAAAGCAUUUAUAAUCCUUUUAAUUAAUUCAAAAUUAUAUA